AAAAAUAUCUGCACAUGAAUUUGAACGUGGCGGUCUGUUAAAACCUAUCGUCAAUACUAUCGAUGGCACUCCCACCUUCCUGAGUAUAGGGACAACAAAUGAUUGUUCCAUGGCCACAACAUCUGGCACGAGUACAAAUAACAGUAACGGCAGUAUGGGUAACAACAGCUUACUGUCAUCGAGUGGUGGUAAUGCAAGCGGUUCGGCGGGUGGCAAUGGCCUUGGUAGCGGUGGAUGUUCCAGUGGCGUGGGCCAAAAUAAUUCUGGCCAUAAUAAUCAUUAUUAUCCGCAGACGGGACAUCAUCAUCACCAUCAUAAUCAUUAUCGACCGCAGCGGCUGUCCCGCAAUGAACUGAAACAGUUGGACGAGAAGGAGUUAAUAUUUGAACUGGUAAAGGACAUCUGCAAUGAAUUGGAAGUUCGCAGCUUAUGCCAUAAGAUUCUGCAAAAUGUCUCAAUAUUGCUGAAUGCCGAUCGGGGUUCAUUGUUUUUGGUACAAGGUCGUUGCAGUGGCAGUGCCGAUGGUCCCAAGAAAUGCUUGGUAUCGAAACUGUUCGAUGUUUGCCCGCGUAGCACCGUUGAAGAAAUGGAACAACAGGAUGAGGUACAAAUUGCCUGGGGUACUGGCAUUGCUGGUCAUGUUGCUGAAAGUGGCGAACCUGUCAAUAUACCGGAUGCGUAUAAGGAUGAACGUUUUAAUUGUAAAAUCGAUACGUUGACCGGUUAUCGUACAAAGGCAUUACUUUGUAUGCCAAUCAAGGACUCAUCGGGUGAUGUCAUUGGUGUGGCCCAAGUCAUUAAUAAAUUGAAUGGAGAAUGUUUCUCAGAAACUGAUGAAAAGGUUUUUGCUUCCUAUUUACAAUUCUGUGGCAUUGGUCUGCGUAACGCUCAACUGUAUGAGAAAUCCCAGUUGGAAAUCAAACGUAAUCAGGUGUUGCUCGAUUUGGCACGCAUGAUAUUCGAGGAGCAGAGUACCAUCGAACACAUGGUCUUUCGUAUACUAACCCAUAUGCAGAGUCUAAUACAAUGCCAAAGAGUACAAAUCCUGCUGGUGCAUGAGGCUUCGAAGGGUAGCUUUUCGCGGGUAUUCGAUUUUGAAGCUAAUGACCUUAGCGAAGAGGAGUCGACGAAUCGUACAAGUCCAUAUGAGUCGCGUUUUCCCAUAAAUGUGGGUAUUACCGGACAUGUGGCAACAACGGGUGAGACCGUCAACGUUCCCAAUGCCUAUGAGGAUGAUCGUUUUGAUCCCAGUGUAGAUGAGGGUUCAAACUUCAAACACAAAUCCAUACUCUGUAUGGCCAUUAAGAAUUCAUUGGGUCAAAUAAUUGGUGUAAUUCAGCUGAUUAACAAAUUUGAUAAUUUGGUCUUCACCAAAAACGACGAAAAUUUCGUUGAAGCCUUUGCCAUUUUCUGUGGCAUGGGCAUUCACAAUACCCACAUGUACGAGAAGGCCAUUGUCGCCAUGGCCAAACAAAGUGUUACACUGGAGGUAUUAAGCUAUCAUGCCUCGGCAACAAUGGAUGAAGCUCAUCGCCUAAGGCGUUUACGCGUACCCUCUGCUGCUCAUUUCCGUUUACAUGAUUUCCGUUUUGACGACAUCCAUUUCGAAGAUGAUGAUACUUUAAAGGCUUGUUUACGCAUGUUCUUGGAUUUAGAUUUCGUUGAACGUUUCCAUAUCGACUAUGAGGUCCUGUGUCGCUGGUUGCUGAGCGUUAAGAAGAAUUAUCGCAAUGUUACGUAUCAUAAUUGGCGACAUGCUUUCAAUGUGGCCCAAAUGAUGUUUGCUAUAUUGACGAUUUCCCAUCACGGACAGGCCACCCAAUGGUGGAAGAUAUUUGGUGAAAUGGAAUGUUUGGCGCUGAUAAUAGCUUGUCUGUGUCACGAUUUGGAUCAUCGGGGGACCAAUAAUUCAUUUCAAAUUAAGGCCUCUUCACCCUUGGCCCAGCUGUAUUCCACCUCCACGAUGGAACAUCAUCAUUUCGAUCAGUGUCUAAUGAUUUUGAAUAGUCCCGGCAAUCAAAUAUUGGCCAAUUUAUCAUCGGAAGAUUAUUGCCGUGUUAUUAAAGUAUUAGAAGAUGCUAUAUUAUCCACCGAUUUGGCAGUAUAUUUGAGAAAACGUGGUACAUUCUUACAGGAUGUCCACCAGCAACCUUUGAGUUAUUGGAUUGAUGAGGAGCCACGCGCCUUAUUGCGCGCCAUGAGCAUGACAGUCUGUGACUUGUCCGCUAUAACUAAACCCUGGGAUAUUGAAAAACGUGUUGCCGAUUUGGUUAGCUCGGAAUUCUUUGAACAGGGUGAUAUGGAAAAACAGGAAUUAAAUAUAACGCCCAUUGAUAUAAUGAAUCGUGAAAAAGAAGAUGAAUUACCCAUGAUGCAAGUCGGUUUUAUCGACUCCAUAUGCUUGCCAAUAUAUGAGGCCUUCUCUGUAUUAUCGGAUAAAUUAGAACCAUUAGUUGAGGGUGUACGUGAUAAUCGCCAACAUUGGAUUGAAUUGGCUCAGGGUGUUGAAACCAAACAGACAAAGAAAAGCAAUGGCAUUGUUAAGGCCAAAAAUACUAAAAAUAAUCACAACCACAGCAACAACAAUAGUUGUAAUAACAAUAACAGCAAAAAUACUAACAAUAUUAAUAAACAUGAAACAUCUGCAAAUGGUGGUAGUGAUCUCAGUUCUGAUGUUAAUGAUGCUCCCGUGGAUUCUGAAGAUACUUUACAAAAUGAUGCAACCACCACCGAUGAAUGUCCUGAUGAGGCCGAAGAAACUGGUAUUGAGGCAGAUGACGAUGACUCCGAAGUUGAAAUUGAACAUCAUACCAAUGACGAUGAUGAUUAUAGCAGUGAUUCAAGUCAUCUUUCAACACCACCACCGACGGGGGAAGAGGAUAGUUCUCCGACGUCACCGGCUAAAACGGAAGCGGCCACGAAAAAACAGGCCCAGUUAAUGGUUGAAAAUCUUGAGAGUCUUAAUCAUAAUCCUUUGCACAAGCAGAGCAAAUCCUCCUCGUCAACUUCGUCGUGUAGAAAUUGUGAGUGUAUGCGUUUGAGGAAGACAUCGUCGCUGAAGGGAGCCAGUGAUUAUCAGCCUCACUGCAGUGGCAAUAGAUCACAUAGUAAGAGUACACCCUCAAUGACAAGUUGUGGUACGACACAGGGUGCUGGUCACCAACAUAAUACCUCCUCCACCUCAUCCUCCAAAGAAUGUCAAUGUCAUCAGAAUAGUAAUCGUGGUGGUGGUGGCGGUCAUCACCACCAUCAUCAUCAUUCGAAACACAGUCAUCAUCACCAAAGUUUGGCUAAUACACCGCAUCACAGUGGUCACCAUCAUCAUCAUUAUCACCACCAUCAUCAUCACCAUCAGAGUAAUAGUUUAGGUGGUGGUGGUGGCAACGGCGGAGCUGGCAGUGGUGGUUCCUCUUUGUGUGGUGGCCUCUCAAAUAACUCCAGUUUAUCGGAAAGUGAUAAAAUACCAAAAAUUGUUGGUAAGUUGGGAAAUCUCGAUGCAUUGCAUCAUGUUGCCGGCGGUGCGACAACCACAAAUGGUUCAGGCGUCUUAGCUACACCACCAAAUGGUUUGUGUGGUUUUGGGGUACCAACUCGUUUGGGUUCCCGCCGUCAUUCCGAAGUGGUGAAUGGUAUGACGUUAAAUUUAAAUUCCAAUUUGAAUUCCUGCAGUACAAGUAAUGUUACCACCAACCUAUCACCGGUGGUAACACCUCCCAUGGUGGCGGCCAUAGCAGCGGCAGUACCAGUUUUAACGCCCGAUAUAAUAUCAUCGGCAGCACUAGCAGUAUCAUCGCCAACAACCCCAACAAAAUCAGCAGCACCAUCAUCAACGUCGUCAUCGAGAACCGAAUCCGCAGCAGCAGCCACAUCAGCGCCAGCAUCAACAGCUGUAGAAUCAGCAACCACGUGUGAUAAGUAA